AUGCUGUUUACUCCGAUUUACAUCGCUAUGACAUUCAUAAAGACCUGGCGCAUCCGCUCCUUUAGAGCUCGUCUUUUGGAGUUUCUGAGUGGAAACACAAGUGUGGCAUUUUGUAAAGUACCGGAAAAUGCAGCUGAAACGCCAACUUUAAGUUCGAAACUAUGCACGAAUCCUAAGAAUGCCUAUCUGUGUGAUUUACUUGACUACACAAAUGCGUCUCGCAUAUGCAGUAUGAAGCCCACUCAGCGAAUUGAUGUUAGCGACUGGGUUUCAUGUGCUGGUGGUCUUCCAUUGGGAUUUAGUGAUAUGUCACCUGUAACUGAUGUUGAUAUUGAAGUUCUGUUUGAGUGUGAAAUGGAUCCACAUGAAGAGAGUUCAUAUUAUGACAUAAUUACACUGGAGUCAAUGGGUCAACCGAUAGCAUGGAAAGCUGGAUCACACUUGGCUAUUGUACUAAAGACAAAUAUGGAACAUCUUAGUCUUGUCGGAUUUAAUUUUGUCGGUGGUGAAUUCAUUAUUGAUCACAAAUUACCUGUUGUUAGGAUACAAACUGUUCAACUAUCAGGAGAACCCAAUAAAGCGACAGAUUUAUCUAUGAGAGGUCUUCGCAGUGACAUCCAACAUGGCCUCAAGUUGCCAACCCAACAAUUCCAGUGGCCAAUCCACGCUUCCUUACUCAGAAAGCUAUCAAAAGUUGUAGAUAUUAAGUCAGAUAGAAACAUUACAGUUAUGAAUGGUGGUAGUGAACAAGUAGAUACAAUAGGUAGGAAAAAUGUUACUUUAACAGAUGUCAGUACAAUAACAACAAAGUCCUUAUCUGCUGAUGAUGACUCGCCAGAAACAGAACCUAAAACACUAGAGAAUACAGACAAAGAAGAUAACCUUGAUGCUAGUCUAGUAGUUGAAAAUGUCACAGUGGAAAUCCAACACAACAUAACGCCAAAGAAAUCUAGUCUCAAACUCGAUCUGAAGAAAGGCACAAGUCAUAUGUCGACCUCUCUCCUCAACAUAUCUAGUCAGAUUAAAUCUGUGACGACGCAUAAGAGAAUCGUCAGUACUACUGGGCCGAAGAAGACACAGGAGUCAACCUCACAAGUGAAGGAUACCCAGAAGUGCACUCAAGUGACGCCCAAGUCUCAUAAAAGUUCCCGUCCGUUAGUUAAUACGAAAUCGCCAAAUGUUCUUAUAUAUUCAGACAGUGUAGUCGCCAGGGAUAAUCUUGAAGCUUCACUGAAGAAGGUCUUGGAUUGUGAUAGGUACACAGUAUACAGCGUGACCCGCGAGGCGCUGUGCGGCGGGGCGUGGCGCGGUCGGGCUGCGCUAGUUGCAGUCGCAGGGUGCUCUGGCAGAGCGGCGCCUUUACUGUUAGCACAUCUGCUGGAUGGUGGAAAACUGCUUGCUCUGUGCUCUGACCUUCUGCACACUGUAUUGCCACACUAUAAAACAGCUGAGAUAAGAGAAAAUGAAGUAGUCCAGUUUUCCUACGACAAAUGGCAUGCUGUGAAGAUGAAACACCAUAUCUUCUGUUAUCAAGCGUCACCAGCAAAGAAACAGUUCUCGACGGAAAGUGAUAGACAGCCUUCGAAAUAUACCGGCCAUCCAGGUCAUGAAUUAGAUGUUCAAAUAUUGGCUUCUGAGGAGACGUGGCGUACCCCCUCUUUACUUCAAGCUACCGAUCUAACCAACCACGGCGUAGCUAUUUUCUCACAGAUCCACUUGGAGUCAGACCCGACCGACUACCUCGGUGAAGAAGGUAUUCGCAGCAACGAAGCGAGGCUGGAGAUUCUUCACAAGAUUCUCGGCGACGUCUUGGGGCUCCACGUCAAAGAUCCCAAGGAGUUGGUGCAAAUAGAGUACUCGAGGGGGUUCUUCCUCGGAGAUCAUGUGCACAAAUUAUCGCUAGUUGAAGGUUGGUGUCCGUUGAAGGAAGGCAAGCGAUCGCAGAAAAUUGGAGCCCUUACGCUUCAGUGGUGCAUGAGGAACGAACAUCCGGCGGACCAACCUUCAGAAACAUUUCUUCCCGUUCAUUUGUACGAGUGCCCGGAAAACUUCUCCACCGUCGAAUAUUAUGAUAACCUCACAUCUACUUGUCUCGGUCGCGUGUUAGUAUAUGCAGACGUGUUGACGUCCACCCAACAUAUAAUUGAAGGGACAUUGGCUCAUGGCGUGGGUGCUGUCGCUCGAAGGCAGAUCGCCGGCCGUGGACGAGGCCAAAACCACUGGAUCUCACCGAACGGUCAAGCUAUCAUGUCGUUGCAGAUUUGGCAGAAAAUGAGUCCUACAAUCCCUCUAAUACAACACGCGACCGCCUUAGCUGUGGUGAGGGCGAUACGCUCCGACCCACAAUACGAACAUUUUGACUUCAGAAUUAAGUGGCCCAACGAUAUUUACUACGGACGGAAUAUGAAAAUUGGCGGAAUUAUCACUACGGCAAAUUGUAUAGGCGAUGACGUCAUUAUUAAUAUAGGAACUGGCGUAAACAUAUCAAACAGCGUCCCCACGAUAUGCGUCAACGAUAUAAUCAGCGAGUACAACACUAGAGAGCGCACAUCACUAGCGCCGCUAUCGAUAGAAAAGUUCCUGGCGCGUUAUUGUUCGCAACUAGAGCGAAUAAUCGAUUAUCUUAAUUCGGAUGGGGGCGUGGACGCGUUUCUUGAACAGUAUUACCAGUAUUGGCUACACGAUGGCGAAGAAAUACGUGUACAGACAAAAGGCGAAGGUAGCCCAGUCUCUGGUACCAUAUCCGGAUUGGACGAGUUCGGGUGGCUCAUAGUGCGCACUGGAGAUGGCGACGUCCGAGUUCAACCAGAUGGUAACACGUUCGAUAUAAUGUCAGGCCUUAUUGCCCCUAAGCUUUAG